CAGGUGAAUGAUUAAACUUCCAACAGACUGAAACGACUUUUAUUUUACUUUACACUUUCCUAACUGCUCAUCAAAUUCCUUGUUGGCGUUAAAAGUAGACAUACCAUAUGUUUAACUUUAGAGGCACGUAUCGUAUUUAGUAUGUUUUUAUAGCAUAACGUACCGGUAAUCGUUUUUUGGAGCGAGCGAAUAUCGUGUUGAAGAUGGACCGAUACAAAUACUUCAUGUUCAACCAGAAGAAUGUGCUCAUCCUCGGCGUGCUCCAAGUGGCUUGUGCCGCUCUCUGCCUCAUCUGCGGCUUCAUGGACGCCGUCUUCCGCAAAGAUACACCGCUGAGCACUACCAGGACGCCGGUGUGGGGCGCAAUGAUCAUGGCUUGUCCUGCUGUUCUGGCUUUAUUUGCUUCUCAAAGAAAAAACUCGAUACUGGUGAGCGUGAUGGUGGCGGCAGCGGUGCUGUCUUGCGUGGCUACUGUGUUUGUUUUGGGCUACGCUUGUCUAACACUGACCUACGGAGAGGAAGAUAAAGAGGUCUUCCACCACCACGACAGUCCUGAAGUGACGUUCGUGCUGCAUAGGAUGGUGAAGGGCGCCAACGCCACCAUACUGCUGAGCUGCUUCGUCAGCCUGCUCAUUUCUUCUCUCAUCGCCUAUGUGGGUUGCUGUAGUCUCCCCCGCUGUGGAUGCUACGACGCUAGGACCGGACUUGAGACGCUGGUUCCACAGUGUGACCCAGGCGACGCUGAGAUGGUGUGUACCUGGCAAGCUGGUAGUGACGACAGGCUCUUCAACUCCCCUUUUCAGUCUCCUCCAGACGGUGGGAAAACACAUGAGGAUUUGGGAGCAUCCUCUAACCUGCCGCCGUACAGCAGACUGUCCUGACACUGAUCUUGUGACUUGAUGACUGUCCCUUUCGGGGGGAGCCUAUCCCAGGUGCAUUCGGGAGGAAGGCGGGGUACACCCUGGACAAGUCAUUACCUCAUCACAGGGCCAACACAGAUGGACAACAUUCACACACUAGGAUCAAUUUAGUGUUGCCAAUACGAAUACAAAUCUUUACAUAUUUUGUGGAACAAUUAUACAUUGUUUCUUAAUAUCUAAUUCUAAACAUACAGUAUCUGUGCUGCAUUUUUGUUGGUUGUGUUUUUUAUGCACACACUUUAGGUUCCAAAUCUACUUCUGGUCACUAAGAGCAAAACCCUCGUUUACCGUAAUAAAUUAAAAUCUGCAAAGUAGGAAUUAAUUAUAAAUGGAAUAUCUUUGUAGCUAAAGCAUUAAAAAAAUCUGUUUACGGCUUUCUAAAUAUGUUUUGCAUCAUUAAAACCAUCUAUACAUGAGGUAAUGUAACGCACACAUAGUCACGAGCUAUACAACUUUGAAACAAAAUGUGGAGAAGGACCACUGUAUUACAAUACUCACUAUAGGCUGCAGUCAGCCCUACAGCUCCUAGUGCAAGUAGUUCUCAAACUAUUUUCACCAAGUACCACCUCAGAAAAAACUUUGCUCUCCAAAUACCACCAUAAUGACCAACAUUAAAAUACAGUAGCGUAAGUAUGCAUUAAAAACAAGGCAGAGGCUUUAUUUAAUAAGUAUACUUAUUACUUUAGGCCACUGUAACAUUACACAGUUUGAACAGUAACACUGUGUUUAAAGUACAGUGUUUUAUUUUCCUAUAUUCAAUCAAGUGAUUCUUUGGCGUACCACUCGAUGGAGCCCGCGUACCACUAGUGGCAAAUAUACCACAGUUUGAGAAUCCCUGCCCUAAUGUGUUAUACUAGUAAUAGUAAAGACUGAAAUGGGGCCACACAAAAAAUUAUGUUUAAAAUCACACAAAGCCUUGGGCUCUAGUGUGUGUGUGUGUGUUACGUGGAACAUAGUUAAGGUGCUUAAAGCCGGAAGAAGGGAAAAUAUAAUGCUUACCUCACUUUGGAAAAUGAGCGCCUUUUAGGCAGCCAUGUAAAGGUUGCAAACAGCCCUUUCAGGCUACUCAGUGUAUUUGCACCUCAUUAUUUAACAGUUUUUAUUUUAUUAUUUUAAAUUACUUGGGAUUCUUGCAUUUAUUCCUCAAUGUUAAUUACAAAUCAUGUACAUACAAUAUAUAUACCGUACAGCAAUGCAGAGCAACAAAACUGAAAAAAAUAAAGCUUUUGUUCUUAUAAUAAAUAACCACAUGCCAAUAAAAAAUAUUGUUGCAUCAAUCUGUAUGAUGCAGGAAUAACUAGUGUAAACAAACUGAAGCUCCCUUCAAUCAAGAUAAAAAAAAUCUUAAAACUGAAGACAAAAUAGCAUGCAAACUGAUAACUUCUGGCACCUAAUUGGAAGGCUUUGUCUUGACUACAAUGACGAGAAAACUAUCUUUGGACUAACAAUCUAAAAAGGAAAUUAAAUGUGUAUGUUUUGUUAAUUACUGUGGUGGAAUCCAACCUCUGUGGGCACUUUUUUAGUAAGAAGCAGAAGAUGGUUGGCUGACGUGUACUGUGUCUUACAGUCCGGUCAGAAAGGAGGAAGAAGUGAAUGUUUUAAAGCUUGUCAGAGGCCAAAGAGCCCAAGUCACAGUUUGAAUUGAUUUAUGACCAUGUUGUCACACUCUUCUCACUUCAACAUAAACAAGUUCUCCCCAAACAA